UGAGUUGCGGUGAUUUUCCACCAUGACUCUGGGCGGUUAUCUGUUGCCCUGGAGCCGGAUCCUGCCUCCAGUGAGUGCUGAGCGGCUGCGGGAGCUGCACACCGACCCCGGAGCUGGAGCGCCGAGACCCCAGGUACAAAGAUGUCCAACAAGGAAAAACUGCAGUGUUUGAAAGACUUCCACAAAGACAUCCUGAAGCCGUUUCCAGGGAAGAGUCCAGGGACGCGUCCUGAGGAUGAGGCGGAUGGGAAGCCCCCGCAGAGGGAGAAGUGGGCCAGUAAGAUUGACUUCCUGCUGUCAGUGGCCGGAGGCUUUAUUGGUCUGGGCAACGUAUGGAGAUUCCCGUACCUCUGCUACAAGAACGGUGGAGGUGCCUUUUUGAUCCCCUAUUUCAUCUUCCUCUUCGGGGGCGGUUUACCUGUGUUCUUCCUGGAGGUUGUUUUGGGACAGUUUACAUCGGAGGGUGGAAUCACCUGCUGGGAGAAGAUCUGUCCAAUCUUCACAGGAAUUGGUUAUGCCUCCGUCAUCAUCGUGUCCCUCCUCAACGUCUAUUACAUCGUUAUCCUGGCCUGGGGGGUCUAUUACUUGUUCCAGUCCUUCCAAAGUCAGCUGCCAUGGGCCCUGUGUCACCAGUCAUGGAACACCGAGAACUGCGUGGAGGACACGCUCCGGAAGAACCAGACCAUGUGGCUCUCGCUGAACACCACAAACUUCACCUCGCCGGUGACAGAGUUCUGGGAGAAUAAAGUUCUUAGCUUAUCAAAGGGAAUUGAUGAUGUAGGUGUCUUGAAGUGGGACCUGGCGCUGUGCCUCCUGCUAACUUGGGUCAUCUGUUUUUUCUGUAUAUGGAAAGGUGUCCGCUCCACCGGGAAGGUGGUAUAUUUCACAGCCACGUUUCCGUUCAUUAUGCUUAUUGUGUUGCUGAUCCGCGGGGUCACCCUACCCGGAGCUUCGGAAGGGAUCAAAUUUUAUCUUUACCCAGACGUCAGCCGCUUAGGAGACCCUCAGGUCUGGAUUGAUGCUGGCACCCAAAUUUUCUUUUCCUACGCCAUCUGUCUGGGAGCCAUGACGUCUCUGGGGAGUUACAACAAGUACAAGUACAACUGCUAUAGGGACUGUUUGCUGCUGGGAUGCCUCAACAGCGGUACCAGUUUUGUGUCUGGCUUCGCAAUUUUUUCCGUCCUGGGCUUCAUGGCACAAGAGCAAGGGGUGGACAUUGCUGAUGUGGCAGAGUCAGGUCCUGGCUUGGCGUUCAUUGCAUAUCCCAAAGCUGUUUCUAUGAUGCCUCUGCCCACUUUCUGGGCAAUACUCUUCUUCAUAAUGCUUUUGUUGCUUGGACUAGAUAGCCAGUUUGUUGAAGUUGAAGGACAGAUCACGUCCUUAGUUGAUCUGUACCCGUCCUUCCUACGGAAGGGUCACAGGCGAGAGAUCUUCAUCGCUAUUGUGUGUAUCCUCAGCUAUCUUCUGGGGUUAACUAUGGUCACAGAAGGUGGCAUGUACGUAUUCCAACUUUUUGACUACUAUGCAGCAAGUGGUGUCUGCCUCCUGUGGGUUGCAUUCUUUGAAUGUAUUGCUGUAGCCUGGGUUUAUGGCGCUGAUAAAUUCUAUGACAAUAUUGAGGAUAUGAUUGGCUACCGACCAGGGCCAUGGAUGAAGUGGAGCUGGUGUGUGAUCACUCCUCUGCUCUGUUUGGGGUGCUUCAUCUUCUCUUUAGCCAAAUAUACCCCCCUGAUGUACAACAAGUAUUACACAUAUCCAGACUGGGCCAUUGGGCUGGGCUGGUUCCUAGCUCUGUCCUCCAUGCUGUGUAUCCCCUUGGUCAUGGUGUAUAAAAUUAUGCGCUCAGAAGGAUCACUAAUCGAGAGGAUUAAGUUGGUGAAGGCUCCAAGGGAGAUGAAUCGCUGGGCCAAGGAAUCUGAGGGUUCUACACCUUUCUGCCCAAAUAGCGGCCACAUGAAGCCCACACACGUCAUUGUGGAGACCAUGAUGUGACCCAGUGUCCAUCCACCCUCAGACCCGACCCUCACAUACUCCAUUCGGAAGUUUACUAACCCUCUCCUUAGAGUCAGGUUUAUGGAGAUGUCUAUUUGCACUAGAUUUCUGAUUGUCGGCUCUCGUAGAGAACGUUGUAUAUUAUGUGAGCGCAUGUGCGUAUUUUGUAUAAUUUUAUAAUGAGCCCCACGAUCUCUCUGUGCAGAGACGGACUCAUCACCAGGAGAUUUUAAACAGUGAAUUUUUAUAUAGUUCAAUUUUAAUGAUCUUUUAUCUCUGGUAUCUACCUCCAGUCCAUGUACACAAUGCUUUCUUCUCAGCAGAGGUCUACAGGCCGCUCUGCUCCAGCUGCGGGAAAGACACAGGUCCAGCUUAGGGUGUAUUCAGAUGGUGCAAUUGGGUGCAGGUUUUGUUGCGGUUUUUGCAGGUGAAACACAUUUAUUUCACACAUAAAACGACUUGAAAACUCAUCAGCUGGUAACACAGCAGUAAAACCACAUGCAUUUUCUUUCAGUGGCUCCAAGAAGGCAUCAAAACCACAGCACAAAAACCAAUUCUAAGGUCAUGCUUUCCUCAGCCCCUAUGGCAGGCAUGGCCAACCUGUGGCUCUCAAGCUGUUGUAAAACUAGAACUCCCACCAUCCUCUGCAGUAG